AUGUUGGCUAUUCGACCAUCCGCGUUCGCCUCCCCGACGCAUCUGCACAGCGUCGGGUACGUGCUGGGUGAUUCUCGAGUUGACUCAAAGCCAGCUCCUGCUGGGUGCGUGAGGCGCACCUCACGCCCAAACGGACACGUGGCACCACUCUCACCCAUCACCAAUCACCACCGAGCGACCCUCGUCAGCUGGAGUAGCUCGGCAUUCCCAAGGCGUUCCUUGCCUCUCCGCGGACUGUCGCUGCACUGCCAGCAGCCGCGGCACGGUCGUUCCUUUGAUGGUACACAGGUUGCCCGACCCGUGAGACCACACGCCACCACUGCAGGAGGCUCGAAUUCGAGAGCAGCUGCUUCGGAUGAAGAUGCAUCCGGGGGAAGGGAUUUGGAGCGAAGGCUGGAGGGGAGACUAGCAGCGAUGCAGGAGGGGAGGGGCAUGGAGAUGCGGCAGGGGGGGGGUAUGGAUAGGGGCAUGGAGGUUCGGAUGUUCACGGAGGACUUGCCUACGCAGCUGGAGGCGAUCACUACAGGGGCGACGACGCUGGUGGCGGAGACGCAGAGGAGCCCCCCUGACGUGGACUACCUGCAGGAGCUGCUGGCCAUCCAGCAGUCGGGGCCGCGGAACAUUGGCUUCUUUGGCACGCGCAACAUGGGCUUCAUGCACCAGCAGCUGAUUGAAAUCCUCAGCUAUGCCAUGAUUAUUACUAACAACCACAUCUACACGUCGGGGGCAGCGGGCACGAACGCGGCAGUGAUCCGCGGGGCGCUAAGGGCGGAGAAGGCGGAGCUGCUCACCGUCAUCCUGCCCCAGUCGCUCGGCAAGCAGCCUCCCGAGAGCCAGGAGCUGCUGAAGAAGGUGGAGAACCUAGUGGAGAAGCCUCACAACGACCAUCUGCCACUACUGGAAGCCAGCAGGCUGUGCAACAUGGACAUUCUAUCGGAGGUAGAGCAUGUGAUCUGCUUCGCUUUUCACGACAGCCGGCUGCUCAUGGAGACAUGUCAGGAGGCCAAGGACAUGGGCAAGAUCGUCACCCUCUUCUACCUUGAUUAG